AUGACGGAUUGCAAUCCCUGUUCCACUCCCGUUGACACAAAGGAAAAAUUGUCUCUUGAAGGCGCACCGGUCUCUGACCCGACUCUGUAUCGUAGCCUCGCAGGUGCUCUUCAAUACUUGACCUUCACGCGACCGGAUAUUGCCUAUGCAGUUCAGCAGGUGUGCCUCUUCAUGCAUGAUCCUCGUGAGCCGCAUUUCGCAGCUCUCAAACGUAUCUUGCGUUACAUCAAGGGAACUAUCUCUCAUGGACUUCAUAUCCACAAAUCACCGGUGGAUCAACUUAUAGCUUACUCUGAUGCGGACUGGGCCGGCUGUCCUUCGACUCGUCGUUCUACAUCAGGCUAUGGUGUUUUUCUUGGGGACAGUCUCAUCUCUUGGUCGUCGAAACGACAACCUACGGUCUCACGCUCCAGUGCUGAGGCAGAGUAUAAGGCAGUAGCAAAUGCUGUUGCUGAGACCACUUGGUUGCGUAAUCUACUCUGGUUUUCUGUGACAACAUUAGCGCUGUCUACUUGUCCUCCAACCCAGUCAAACAUCAGCGAACAAAACAUGUGGAGAUUGAUAUACAUUUUGUUCGCGAAUGCGUAG